AUUCGAUGCCAACCGCCGUUAAACCCCAUCGAAGAAGAAGACAUUUGAAUAUGUUCCCAAUGUGGAACAAAUGUAGAUUUAGUUGCAGAGUGAUUUAGGAAUGCAAAAAUCUGAGACAGUCUUUGAUUUUAUAAGCUAUUCAAACUGUAAUUUUACUUUAAUAACCUAGCUAUCCUUUUUCUUUUGUUCGAAACCCAUAAGAUGAGGUGCAAACUUGUGGUCCCACACUUUCACUGGACAAAAGAGGCGAUCCCUCCCUGUGCUUACGCAAACGCACUAGCUGUCUACGCAGGACGCCAAGUGAGCAAGUGAAGGGCCGAGAUUCAGCAGACACGCACGGAGCUUGAGUUGGGACAAACAUCUCCAACGAUUACAACAACACAUCAACAAGCGCUUCUUGUGUCGCUGGACACUGGCUAAACAUGCAUCGGACUAUUCUAGUGGGAUUGUUCUGUGACUGCGAGAAUAACCAACGCGGAAAAGAUGACGGGUUAUGAACUAACUAGAAGUCUCUCUUCUUUGGAAUUGAAUGAAGAGUCUUGUGCCACACGCAACUCGAAGUGCACCACCAAGGCCAUGACAGAGGCAGCCUUUACAUACAGAUGUGUUCUCCGUCUCUAGCUACCGGAUAAUAGCUAUCAAACCUAAGUUACAAUAGGCAUACUAGCUAUACGUUUAGUCAUGACAUCUAACUGAAAUAGGUAGCUAGCUGGCUAGCUAUAUGUUUAUUUUGGUAGCUAGCUAUCUCAGAUAGCAUAGAGCUAGCCAGUUAGCUAGCUGACGAACUUGUUUAUUAGCUAGUUAACUACGUUCGAGGAGCACCUGAGCUAGCUAACGUUUGCUAAUUAGCUAGCGCAUCAGGCGAACUAGCAUUCUAGCUAGUAAAUGAGACCAUUAACGUUUGAGUUGCUAGCCAGUUAGCUAACUACAGUAACACUUCUGUCAAUUCUGACAAUCACGUUCUAGCUAACUAAUGUUAGCGUAUAGGCUUUUCACUUUUUAAAUGUGCUAACUUACCAGUAACGUUAACUAACGGUAAUAUUUACAUUUUCUUCUAAAUAGUUAGCAUUACCUUACUCGACUAGGUGUAUGGUUUAGCUAGCUAGUAUUCUAUUAGGUUAGCUAGUACAAGCUGACUUUUCCACCGUGCCUGGACUGACCAACCCACAAGGACCAGCCGGGGCCGAUGCUUACAGUCCAGUCCGGAUCACGGCAACGUAAGGAGCCAUGCAGCCGCAGCAAAUAUACGACUUUUCAAGUGACGAGAACAGUCACAAAUGGCGAGGCCUCUUCGUGCAAGCGUUGCGAAAGGUGCAGCUGCAGGUGCACCCCAACCUGUCGGCCAAGGAGGGAGCUCUGCAGCACAUUGAAGAGCUGAUCCUGCAGCUGCUCAGCAUGCUGUGUGUGGCCCAGCCGCGGUCUGUACAGGAUGUGGAGGAGCGUGUCCAGAAGACCUUCCCCCACCCCAUAGAUAAAUGGGCCAUAGCUGACGCCCAGUCGGCCAUCGAGAAGAGGAAGAGGAGGAACCCUCUACUGCUCCCCGUGGAUAAGAUACACCCUCUACUCAAGGAGGUGCUGGGUUAUAAGAUAGACUACCACGUCUGCCUCUACAUCGUGGCGGUGCUAGAGUACAUAUCGGCUGACAUCCUGAAGCUAGCAGGAAACUACGUUGGUAACAUUAGACACUAUGAGAUCAGCCAGCAAGACAUCAAGGUGUCUAUGUGUGCAGACAAGGUCCUAAUGGACAUGUUUGACCAGGACGAGGACAUCGGUCUGGUGUCUCAGUGUACGGAGGAGCCGUCGUCGUCCGGGGAGCUGACCUACGACGACCUGGUGCGCCUGGAGAUCGCAGAGGAGCGUCAGUACCUGCGGGAGCUCGACCUCAUCAUCAAGGUGUUCCGACAUCACUUCCUGUUCAACAACAAGAUCUUCACGCCUCAGGAUGUGGAGGUUAUCUUCAGUAACAUUUCGGACAUUCAUGAGCUGACUGUCAAACUUCUGGGGCUGAUAGAGGACGCAGUGGAGAUGACCGCUGACACUAGUCCUCAUCCUCUGGUGGGCAGCUGCUUCGAGGACCUGGCAGAGGAGCAGGCAUUUGAUCCGUACGAGACCCUGUCGCAGGACAUCCUGUCCAGACAGUUCCACGAGCACUUCAGCAGUCUGAUGGCCCGGCCCACUGUAGGACUAUACUUCCAGUCCAUAGCUGAAGGUUUCAAGGAGGCUGUUCAGUACGUUCUGCCACAGCUCAUGAUGGUUCCUGUAUACCACUGUUUGCACUACUUUGAACUACUGCAGCAGCUACAGGAGCACAGUGAGGAGCAGGAUGACCGAGAAGGUCUGAAGCAGGCCACCACCGCUCUGCUCAACCUCCAGUGUAGCGUGGAACGCAUCUACACCAAACACCUGCCCCGACGCAAGCCUGGUGAACCCAUGUACCGUCUGUACAGCCGUCAGGUGCGCAGCAAGCAGCUGGCCAUCAAGCGGAUGAACGAGAUCCAGAAGAGCAUCGACGGCUGGGAGGGAAAGGACAUCGGCCAGUGCUGUUCCGCGUUCAUCCUGGAGGGGGCGCUCCUCCGCGCCGGCGCCAAACACGAGCGACACAACUUCCUGUUCGACGGCCUCAUGAUCAGCUGUAAGGCCAAUCAGAGCUCCCGACUCCCCGGUUCCGGAAGCGGGGCGGAGUUUCGUCUCAAGGAGAAGUUCGUCCUACGGAAAGUCCGCAUCGUGGACCGCGAGGACUCGGCGGAGUUAAAACACGCCUUCGAACUCGUCGGUAAAGACGAGAACUGCGUGGUGUUCUGCGCUCGCUCGGCGGAGGAGAAGGGGGCGUGGAUGGCGGCGCUGGUGACCCUGCAGUACCGCUCCACGCUGGACCGUAUGCUGGACACGGUUCUACAGCACGAGGAGCAGGCCCAGCCACUCCGCCUGCCCUCCCCGGAGCUUUACCGCUUCGCUGUGCACGACUCCGAGGAGAACAUCGUGUUUGAGGACCGUGUCCAGAGCAAGACUGGGAUACCUAUUAUUAAGGCUGGGACGGUGGUCAAGCUUAUAGAGAGGCUCACAUACCACAUGUACGCUGAUCCCAACUUUGUACGUACCUUUCUGACCACCUACCGGUCGUUCUGCAAGCCCCAGGAUCUCCUGAGACUGUUGAUAGACAGAAUUGAGAUCCCUGAGCCAGAACCCACAGAGGCAGACAAACAGGCUCUAUGGAAUGGGGAUCAGCCAAUGGCUGCAGAGCUACAGAGGUUCCGCAGGGAGUACGUCCAACCCGUCCAACUCCGGGUCCUGAAUGUGUUCCGUCAGUGGGUGGAGCAUCAUUUCUAUGACUUUGAGAACGACCCUGAGCUACGAGGCCGACUGGAGGAGUACAUCAGCAGCAUCCUACAACUCCGAGGCAAGUCUAUGAGGAAGUGGGUGGAGUCCAUCAACAAGAUCAUCAAGAGGAAGAUGCAGACUCAGUCUAACGGGGUCAGCCACAACAUCACCUUCGAGAGCCCGCCGCCGCCCAUCGAGUGGCACAUCAGCCGUCUGGGCCAGACGGACACCUUUGACCUCAUGACCCUUCACCCCAUAGAGAUCGCCCGCCAGCUCACACUGCUUGAGUCUGAACUCUACAGGGCUGUGAGGCCGUCUGAGCUGGUGGGGAGUGUGUGGACCAAAGAGGACAAGGAGAAAAACUCUCCCAACCUGCUGAGGAUGAUCCGUCACACCACCAACCUCACGCUGUGGUUCGAGAAGUGUAUUGUGGAAGCAGAGAACCUGGAUGAGAGAGUAGCAGUGUUAACGCGGGUCAUUGAGAUCCUGCAGGUGUUUCAGGAGCUCAACAACUUCAACGGUGUUCUGGAGGUGGUCUCUGCCAUCAACUCUGUCCCCGUCUACCGGCUCGACCACACCUUCGAGGCGGUCCCCGAGAGGAAGAAGAGGAUCCUAGAGGAAGCAGUGGAACUGAGCCAGGACCAUUUCAAGAAGUACCUGGCCAAGCUCAAGUCCAUUAACCCGCCCUGUGUGCCUUUCUUUGGUAUCUACCUGACCAACAUCCUGAAGACAGAGGAAGGGAACCCCGACUUCCUGAAGAGACACGGCAAAGAGCUGAUCAACUUCAGUAAGAGGAGGAAAGUAGCGGAAAUCACAGGAGAGAUACAGCAGUACCAGAACCAGCCUUACUGUCUCAAGGUCCAGCAGGACAUCAAGAGGUUUUUUGAGAACCUGAAUCCGAUGGGCAGUCUGGGUGAGAAGGAGUUCUCGGACUAUCUGUUCAACAAGUCUCAGGAGAUUGAGCCUCGCAACUGCAAGCAGCCGCCACGAUUCCCCAGGAAGACCCUGUACCCUCUGAAGUCCCCGGGGAUCCGACCGGUGCGUACCUCUACGUCAGGGACCCUGAAGGGCCACCCCGUACCCCUGGAGAGAGAGCCCCCCCACAAGAUCACCUUCAGGAGCAUCGCUGAGACGGAGCCUGAGACCUCUUCCACAGCCCCCACCUCACCCAGCACCCCUACGCCCCCACAGUCUGCCUGCUCAGACCUCAGCUCUGUCUUCAUGGAGCCAGACCUCUAUAGUGUCUAUGGUGGCUCAACUUCUCUAUGUGGCCAUUUUAUAUCCGGUGGAAACUCCAUAUUCACUUCUGUUCUCCUCCCACCCUCAAAGUUCCACUCAGUAUCGUGUGGAAGCCUUCACCAGCUAGGAGAAGAGUUACUCAGACCUCCUCCACUUCCCCCUCGCAGAAAGGAUGCUUUCUCUGAGGCCAAGUUGAGUUCCAGGUCCAACGGUCCCCCAGCCAUCCCCCCCAGACUGCCCCCUCCUCUCCCCAGGAUCCAGCCCCGCGCCCCAGUCUACAACGGCCCCAGCGACGGCCCCCUCCCCAGCCCCCCACCUCCACCACCCCGGGACCCCCAGCCAGACACGCCUCCCCCCGUCCCCCAGAAGCCACCAGAGAUCUUCAUUAACUACCCCCUGAACCUUCAACCCUCCCCCGUCAGCCGCUUCCACUGGGAUUUUGGCAGUUCCCCCUCGUCCCCUGGAACGCCCCCGGGUACCCCCUCGCCCCGCGUCCCCCGACGGAGCUGCCUGCUCAGCGCCAGCCAGAACAGUCUCUGCCCGCUCCCCCUGCCCAUCAUGGCCCCACCUGUUCCUCCCCGCCACAACUCCUCCUCCCAGCUCCCCAAACUUCCCCCAAAGACCUACAAGAGGGAGCUGUUGCCACCCCCUUUACAGAGCCUCUCAUUGGUGGAGAGCACAGAGGGUAGCCAAUGAGGAGCCUCCUUGCUUCUUUUGUUUCCUUAUCAUCAUGGCUGCUGCUCCACACAAUACAAACUGUAUCAAACUAUGACCUCAUGACACAGAGCGAUUUGAAAACAAACUAAUCGUGAUUUUAAAAGCUACUGAUCGUAAACAAAGACCUCCAAACCCCUCCCACUCAUCUCCUACAUUUGACCAAUCACACCACGGCCACUCCUCUCAGGGUAUCAGUAGCCCCACCUUCAUUUCAAGCCCUCUGUGCCAAUGGGAUAAUCCACACCAGUGUGCCAGCCAAUGAACAAGGAGCCCCAAGACACUGAUUUUAAAUGUCUCCUCCUCCUCCUCCGUGUGUGCAGUGCAUGUCACACACCUGUACACAACACUGACUCUGUCACUUUCUUUAUAUAGAUAUUCCACUCUGUACUAGAGUGGACAUGACAGUAUGCCAUAGUGCAGCAGUAACUCUCCUACCCCCCAAAAGAGACACUGUGCUGAACCCAGAAAGCAGAGGGGUGGCUGGGGCUGUGGCCUCUUCAGUCUGUCCUGGUGGUUGGGGACUAUACAGACCAGUAGGACACUUCCAUCAGCAUGGACAGGUCUUCUCACUGGCAACGCAAUGUGUGGAUCUAUGGGCAUUGUUGCGUUGGCACACAGUAGUGCUUUGCGAGCACCAUUCACUCGUUCACCCCAGGAGUCAGUCCUCCUGUCCUGUGGCUCUCGGACAGACGGACGGACUCCACUCUGGACCGUACAGACCUCGGUGCUCUGUUAUCAUCAAACAUUUACUGUGGUUCUGUCUGGGAACAAGCACGAGAAUCAUCAAAGUGUUGGAAGUUCUCCUCGUGAGGCCCUUCAGCUCCUCCCGUUUGCGUCGACUCCCACCUUUAGUGACCAGUUCUUUGUUCUGCUGGGGUUAUAUAAGGGAUUCAUGUUUUGAGGAACGACUAACUAAAAAUGGACUCUGGAUAUUUUUUCACCCAGUCGUUUCAGACAUUACCAACCUGAUCUUUGUCACACUGAAAUCCUUCCCCUCCCUUUUGUGGUUGUUUGUCUUCACUGAACUGAGUAGAGCUGUGACUGUAAUGUGCGUGAGUUCAGCGGUGUUCACAGGGCUGUGUACUGUGUGGUGCAGGAAGACCAUAAAGCCCUGGACAUGGGCUCCUUGCUGUAGUUGGUAGCUACGUACAACCCCGCUGGUCCGAGAAAUACCCUCCAUUUCAGAUGUUGCCCUUAACCCCACAGCACUGACCUCUGUGGAGGGACGGACGGGCGGGCGGGGGGGGGGGGGGUGUGUUCGCUCCACUUGCACAUAGAGCUUGGUCAACGUUUGUCAUGUCUACCCUUUUUUUUUUGUCAUGAUGGAUAUCAAAGCGCUCCGAUCGAGGAAGAGGAGGAGGGUUAACGACAAGAUGUCAUCACAUCACUGGCAGAGGAGAGAUGACAGCAGCCAGAGCUUUAUCUGUCCAGGGUAGCUAGCAGAUUGCUAACAUGCUAAUGUGAGGCUCCGUUAGCCGCUACGUGUUAGUUACUGUUUUGGUGAUAGUUCAGAUCAACCAGCCUUAACUUGUCACAUACUUCCCUCAAUUGCCGACUUGGAAGACAACCAAUGUCCUCUAAAAGUCCUUGUCUAGUUGCAGGGGGUUUUGUGUUUUUUUUGUUUUUUUUUUGAAAAUGCAGCGUAAUUAAAUAAAUAAAAAUUGCUCCGUGAAGUCAUCCAACAUUGUGUAUGCCGCCAUCUUGUCUAUUUCAAAUAAAGGACCAUUUUCUAAAUUUGAGUUCAGAGCAAUUAAAUGCUGGGGGGGGGGGGGGUAAAACAGCAAAUUGACUGACAUCAAUUCCAUUUCGUUCAGUUUUUUUCUUCUGUGACCUCAAUGCGCAGUUUCUCUCGAGAAAAAUUGUGUGAUGUAAUAGGGAGUUGUAGUUUCCAACAAGCCAAUAUUAUACAUAGGUUAGCGGCCGAAAACGUGGUAAUUAACUAAAAUUACCAUAAUCCAUUGCACGCCUACUUGUCCGGUCUGUGGGCAGACCAGAGAGCGAAAGGAGACGUAGUACAAUCCAAGCGGAUUGAGAGCAGCUGCUUUGUGAGGUAUCUCGACCUGAUCCAAGUGAUUUGAUAGUUAGUAUUCGGCAGUCAUAAAAAUAUGCCUUAUUUACUUUGAAGAACUAGUAAAAUAGUGAUCAGACAGCAGCUUUAUAGACAUGAGAUGAGGCUUGUAAUGAAAUGGUCAUCAACCAAUGUAGGCUAAUAUACACAACUUUACUAUAGUCAUGUGAAUAGAUGGUUAAUAAGUGAUAAGCAGGAAUGGGCAUUCACUACCAUCAAGGGACGUAUUAAGUAUUCUGUUCUCGCAUUUAAUGUUUUUUUCGUUUUGUUUUUUUUAAAGAUGGAAACUAAAAAGAAAAACAUGAUUGUACCAAAACUGAACCGACCUCAAACCGACAUCUCAGCACUACUAUUCAAACAAACCCCCUGCAUCUACACAUGGACAUUUCAAACACAUUGAUUGGCUGUUAAGGUUGGUCGAACAUUCUCUGUUCUACGCCAAUCAGUACCUACCUAAUAACACACAUCAGCCAGCUGGAACAGAGUAAUGGUCUGACCAUGGGAUUUUUUUAUUAUCUCCAGAGGUUUAUUCACUAGGAACCAAAUAGAUGCAAACGAAACGGGAUGGGACCUACCUGAAUUUGUCCAAUAGAAACUCUUGUUUUCGUUGCAUAAUGUUUUCUGUUGCAAAGUUGUGUUGUUUUUUUUGCUAAUGAAUACACCCCUUAAAGCCAAGAUGAUGUCUUAAAUAAAACCAAUCACCCCAAGUUAAA